AUAGAACUAAACUGUGCACAAAUAACCUUGGGGAAAACCCAAUUUAUAUAUACUCACAGAUAUUAAACCAUAUUCAUGCGGAUGUAUUUGCUUUCAACACCGAGACACACAGACAAAUUCGUUAAUAAUGAUCGGAUAAAUUUAUAAAUGGGCGUGGUAAUCCACAUAGAAAUCACAAAGCAGAGACCUUGUUAUUGUCAAUGGUCCAGGAUAUCAAGAGUGGGCAAUCACGGUCACUACACACAGAAUUGCAAAGUGUACAAAAUAGUCAAAACGGCGAACAUCCAGAAGGACUUCCGGUUUAUGCCAAGUGAGCAGAGAACAGAAGCAGAGGGGCUAGACAAUCCGUUCACGUGACACCCCGAGCUCUCGCUUUAUAGUAAUACGCAUGUUAAAUUGCUUGGUGUGCUUUAGCAUUCUUAUUACAAAAACGACAUUGACGAUGCAGGGUAAUAAUUUUGAUGGCAGUUUACCAAACCCUUGUCUGCAGCAUACAUAUUUUGCUUCUCACCCUACGUCAUAUGACGAAUUCGGAAGUGGCGCGAAUGAACCUGACAACGCCACGAGGGCAGGCAGAAGUAUGUCAUCGGUUUUUUCAGUAGAGGUAACUGGGGGACGCCAGAAGGACAGAAAUCUGAGAAUAGCUAGAGAAUAUGGCAUAAAUCUUUCAAAACCAAAGUACCCACAAUAUGCAAUAAAAGCCACACGUCUCGGAACAUUCCAAAAUUGGCCAGUAUCCAUCACCCAUAAACCUGAGGAAAUGGCAGAGGCUGGAUUGUUUUACUCGGGGAAAGAUGAUGCUGUUUUCUGCUUCUUCUGUGGUCUGGGACUAAAGGAAUGGGAAGAAGGUGACACAGCCUGGGGAGAGCAUGCGCGGUGGUCUCCUGACUGUACGUUUGUCAAUGACGUCAAAGGGGAGGAGUUCAUUAAGAUGGAAAUACUUCGAGACACAAACCCAGAGGAGUAUUUUAUCAAAAAGAGAAGUGGAUUAGAUUUGAACGAAAAGGAAGGUGGACAGCAAGAAAAAUCAGAAAUUGAUACUAUGAAUAAUCCUGCAAUCCUGAGUCUUCUGCAGAAUGGAUACAAGGAAUCAAUUGUUAAAAAGGCCGUGUCGAUUUCCCAGAAAAGGAACAGAAACAAACCUCUUUCUGCCAAGGAACUUUUGGAGAUAAUAUUCGACAUCGAAGACGGCAAUAUUCAAUGCGAAGAAAUGGAGAAAUAUGAGGAACAUCCUGUUCAGACAGCUCUAGUGGUGAAGGAAAACGAGGAACUACGGAAGACCACCUACUGUCGGAAGUGCUCGUCUGGUUUGGCGUCUGUAGUAUUUCUACCAUGUGGACAUCUGUGCACGUGUACGGAGUGUGCACCAUCCAUUAAGCAUUGUUUGUUGUGUAAUAAUUUCAUUAAGGGCACCGUUAGAACGUACAUGACGUGAACUAUUAACUUCAAGAGAGUAAUGUUGAUAUUCUCUAAGAAGGAGUUUCCACAAGGCUGCAUGUCGUGGUCGAUAUCACAGAACUGAUACCAAAAUCUGCCAGGUGGUUUAUUCAAAAUUUACAUUUGGCGUUGGUGCGCUUUGUAAAAUCAUAUAAUGAAUGAUAGAUUAUAACAAAUUCUUUGUCCUUUACCCGUUUGUUUCAAUGUUAUAUGCGCUUGAUGAUACCAUGUUUUCAUUGUUUACUGAGUAAUUAACUCGUUCUAUAUAUUUUCACAAAAGUCAGACAUUAUAUCUGUAGGAGGAUUUCCCGAAUGUCAAAUAGACUUUCUCGAAGAAAUUCAUUUUUAAUCUGGCUUUGGAGUUUAGGGGCAGCAAUGUAGAGUUGUAGAUCUAAUGUAUUUUCUCCGUUGGUACCUUUUAGUAUGUAAAUGUGAUACAUGUUUGUGUUCGAAGUAUUUAAAUAUUUUCCAAUAAAUUGCAUUUGCAAUUUC